AUGAGUAGCGCAGAAGACAGCGGGAGCAAGUGCUCGACGGGCCCGAUUUCCAGCUUUACCAUCCAGUCGAUUUUAGGCACGCCGUCCGAUGCGCCUCGCUCCGGGACGAAGGAGCUCUCCAAGGGGGCGCAGCCGGCGCCGCGGAGGCGCUCCCUGUCUGUGUCCUCAGAGGAAGAGUGCAGCGGCGGGGAGGACUCAGCAGACUGCUUUUGCUCCGACACGGGUCACAGCGAGCCCUGCACCCAGCACCAAGCGCACAACUUCUCAUGUUUAGGUCCCGCUAAAGGACUUCUGUCUGGAAACGACGGGCUGGCACGGCGGCCGCACCUGCCGCAGCCUCUGCUGCAGGAUUACAAGGAGGAGCAGGAGAGACCCUGCCAUCAGAUGUCACCUCUGUCGGAGGAGAGACAGACAGACGGUGCGGACAAGCAGGGCAACUCGGCCAAGAAGAAGACGCGCACGGUUUUCUCCCGAAGUCAGGUUUACCAGCUGGAGUCCACCUUCGACAUGAAGCGGUACCUGAGCAGCUCGGAGCGGGCCUGCUUAGCCUCCAGCCUGCAGCUGACGGAGACUCAGGUCAAGACGUGGUUUCAGAACAGGAGAAACAAAUGGAAACGGCAGCUCUCAGCUGAACUGGAGGCGGCCAACAUGGCCCACGCCUCCGCACAGACACUAGUGGGGAUGCCGCUGGUUUUCAGAGAUAACUCCUUACUGCGUGUUCCGGUUCCCCGGUCUAUCGCCUUUCCAACGCCCCUGUACUACCCGGGGAGCAACCUGCCAGCGCUACCUUUAUACAACCUGUAUAACAAGAUUGAGUACUGA